GAUGGCGGAGUUGUUCAUUUGAGAAUGUCAGGAUUUCUUCCGAUAUUAUCAAAAAUGAACGAAAGCUGCGUGUUUGAAAGGAGCUGUAAUGAAUAGUAUGUUUUCAAGGACAAUGUUUGUCGCGUAAUUGGUGUUAUAUCGUAUUACAGAUGAUGGAUAAAAGUACUAAAAUAUUGUACACUUGUUUAAGCAUUGGCACCUAGGAUUGUUUGGAAUACAUACACUGCAGUAUGUAUUCAGAGUGGGUGUCUCUAAGCGAGGAUAUUAGAAACGAUGAUAGUGGAAGAAGUGCUUUAUCAGUGUAUUCAAGCUCUGUUGGACGAGAUGUUGCUAAGGUAGUUGUUAAGAACUUAAUUGAUAAUCCUUUAGAGAACAGCAAGAAACGAUUUAAAUCUGGCGAGGAUAUUAAAUGGACUAUGCAUGUGAUCUGCUUUGGUUUGGGACUUCCUCUUUCCGAAGGUGAAACAUUAAAAGGUUGUGUCUCAAUAUACUUAGACUGGCUUAGUUCUUUAUCGUCUCAACCAAAACAAGAAGUACCCAAAGUAAUUCUGAACGACCCAAACACGUAUUGUCAAAAAAUUUUACAACAUUUCAAGAACUUGUUUAUACCAAAAACUGAAGGGACACUUGCACUACAAGCUUCCUUAUGUAUGAAAGUACUGCAAGGUGUUCAACGGAUCUCUCACGAAUGUUGCAAAAUGAACGAAACUACAUUGAAAGUCAUGUUACAGUUCCUGUUAUCGAUUUCUGAUUCGUUGCUAUCACCACCUUUUGUUCCUGGUGGUUUGACCGAACAGCUUUGUAGAUUGUUAAUUGAGGUACUGUUUGAUGUCUGGCUACAAGCUUGCGUUUGGGCGUUUCCGGAUCCACCCCUCUGGAAUACGCUUCAAGAGAUGUGCUGCACGUGGAGACAUCACACUGAUUUUGUGGCAUUGUGGAAUAAAACAAUAUUCUCAAUCACGAGGAGAGUGUUGUUGGUUGAAUACGGUAGCGGUUUCCCGCUGUACCCAUUAGAUGACAAGAAACACGAGAUUAGAAUUCCCACAAGUUUAGAAAACAAAUGUUUAAUUCAGAGUUGGUUUAGAUUUCUCCAUAUCAUGGGUAAUCCAGUCGAUCUCUCAGAUAAAGAAAUUAUAAGUGAUACAAAGAAGUUCAAGGAAGAUGCACUGGUCAGUAUAAACACUCAUCAACCCUCCGAACACUCCUGCCUAAACUCUCUGCCGAAGAACUUUUACGCGGCUAUGAAAGGAAUUGCAACACUGGCUGAUACUUUGCUCGGGAAGAAGUGCCUGUGUGAAAAACCAGUCAUGUUUAAUCAUAUUUCUCCGGAUAAUUCAACAAUUCCAGGCUCAAAAAGUGAAAGCAAACCCUAUCGUGUACAAACUGCUGUCUCAACUGAUCAUCUUGCUAACAUCACACGAGACAUAGAUUGGAAGCUUCCUGGGAGAUUGGAGAAUCAAUCAAAUUAUCUUUUUGGCCAAACUGUUGGAAUAAAAACACACACUUCAAUGCCACUGGAAAACAGUGUCCUGCAUUUGCUUGGUACAUGGUUGUUUCAAGCGACCUUGGCACAUGUGGAUGUCAGAAGCAUGGAAAUGAAGCUUUGCAGGACUUGGGAGAAAUGUUUAGUUGAGAAUAAUGAAAGUUUUGAAGAUGAUGGCAACCAGAGUACAGGAAACAAAGGAUACAGGGAGUUUGAGCAAGGACGAGCUGAAGCAUUUGGUGCCCUUUGUCGAAUCUUCUGCAGUCAAAGAUCUGGUGUUAUUUUACCAGUUUACCUCUCAAGAUUUUAUUUCUCUCUAGCAGCCGGCUUAAACUAUGACAAGUCUUGUUCAGGUCAUGUGUUAUCAAGCAUCUUAUUAAAUUCAACAAAUCUCCUGAGGGUGAAUUUACCAGGAGUGGAUGUAGUGAUACCACAUUUGAUUGCAGCCUUGGAGAAAGUACUUGGACAUAAUGAUAUGUCGAUGGAGUGUGAUGUUCCUAUGGUUCAACUUCAGAGAGCUGGAAUACAUUUGUUAUUGUCAAUGUUAUGUCUGCCUUAUCAUUUUGGAGAGCUGGCUAUUGCAGAUGUUUCUAUGAGCCAGAAAGGGAGCAAGAAAUCGGGAAAUGAAAACGUCACAUUUCUGUCACUGAAAUCUAAACUGAUUAAACUGUUAGUUCGUGCUUUGGAGAAUGAAGUUGACUCACACAAUACUCAGCUCUUGCUUGGAGGUGUGAUGUUAUUUGUCCAAGACAGUGCUCUGGUCGAGGAGGGGAAAGAAAGACUUGCACAAUCACCAGGACCAAAUACACUGCAUAAGGCAUUCUCACUGGAAACUCAGGAUAGCAAUUGCUCUGAAGUAGGAGGAAAGUUGGUGGAAGAUGUGAGUCAGAACGAGGUUGAAGAUACAACAAACAAUACCAGUGCUGAUUAUCACUCUCAUUUGCGUGGUUCUUCAGCGAGUUCCUUGUUCACUCACCUCACUCACCUUGUGAACCAGAAGUUGAUCUUUGGUAGUAAGUGGAAGACUGAUUUUCAUGUCACUCUUUCUGCUUUUGAACUGAUGACAGCAAUGGCGGAGAUGAACAUCAAGAAUAUUAACAAGCAAGAAUGUCAGCGAACCAUCAAGUGGCUUUGUGACUAUGUUGAAUACCAGGCCAAACAACCAGCUCCGUUUCAUUCACGCGAUCUUCAUUCCAUGAUGGUCGCUGCUUUCAACUGUUUGCUCACCUGGAUUGCUUCACAUCCUUGGCUACUGGACGAUCAGAAAAGUCUUCAGGCAAUUCUUGAGGUUGUCGAGUUAGGAAUCUCAGGAACCAAGUCCAAGGCAAGCGAGAGUCAAGAAGCGACAGCAGAGGUGAUGAAAAGUCAACCUAAAGGAGAUAAAUCAUUAAAACCUGCCUCGUUUCGGGUACGAGAGGCCGCUGAAGGAGUUCUUAGCAGCAUCAUGGAGUACGUUGGUUCAUUUCCUUCUCCUUGUGGUCCAGCGUCGUCUUCAUCUCUUCUUGAUGAAGAAAUAUUGAUGGAAUUCCUAAGUGAGGAGGAACAGACGAAACGAUUCCAAUAUUUUGUGAUUGAUGAUAGCAUUAUUGUUGCCAUACUUCAGGAAUCUGUCCAAACUCAUGAUGGUCUGUCCCCGACUGCAACAAUCCUGUUACGAGGUCCUACGGGAAGAACAUCAUGGACAGUGGAAUUGCGACAGAUCCCUGAAUCAAAAAAGGAAACGUUGGGCGUGUGUCAAAGUGAUGGACCAAAGCGACCAGAUCCUAAUCUUGAUAUGCCAUUACAACAACAGUGCAUUCGUAAACAUUUUCCAGCCGAUGUGGAAACAGUUGCUUUAACAAAAGCGAUCUUGAGUAUUCCUCCUGUUGAAAACAUCCCAUGCGAGAGACUAACGCAAGAGAAAGAUUUCAUCCAAAAUUUGAUCAACGAACAGAGAGACGAGGAGGGUAAGGCUCAGGAAAUUAUUGAAAAAGAAAUGGGGGAAUCCAUUUUUCCUUGUCCAAUGACAGAAAUUAAACCACCCAGGUCAGUGACUGAGUUCAGCGCCUGUCGUAUGAUUUUGGCGCGUCUGGGUCUCCUCAAACCAGACGAAUUCGAAAAAGUCCGCUCGAUGGAUACCAGCGCCCAGACCUCCCAAUUAUCGCCGCUCAAUUCAUCGGAUGACUCGUUCCAUGAGUUGCUAAGAGAGUUGGAUCAUUUGCCAACGAGAUGCUUUGAUACAGCUUAUGUGCUUUACGUGAAGCGAAGUCAGCACGAAGCAAGACAAAUAUUAACAAAUGAGAUCAAACAUUGCGAAUAUAAAGAUAUGUUCUACGAGUUUUUACAAUCCUUGGGUUGGCCUGUCGAGGUACAGGAACACCCUGGUUGGACUGGUAACCCAAACUCUAGCUGGAAGCUGAGUCAUUUAAAGAACCAGGUUUUCCACGAAGGAACCAACCCGAGUAGCAAUCUCUCAACCAGGUCAUCUUCUGAAUGCGAUGGAAAUGAAUCGUUGACCGCUGUACACGAGGAACAAUGCUCUGACAGUCAACAUGGAUCACGUGAUUCCGAAGAUUCAAGAGAUGGUAUAAUAGGCGAAUGUCAUCGUAUCAUGUAUCAUGCAGACACUUGCACAGAAAUUGCGUUCAUUGUUCCGUCGUUGUUUCCGCGCGUGGCCAAGAAACGAAAGAAAUCUCGCACGACUACUCCGAGGACAAAAAGAAAACAAUUCGCCAUGAAACGACCACAGAGCAUAACCAAUCUUCCUAGUGCAAGUAGCAGUUCCUCCAGUCUCCUGUCUGAUACCCUGCCAGAGACACGCGGUCUUAGUCUCAGUCGUAACACCGCUGACACGGGCCUAGAUCUACGUCAUCUCUCAAAACUGCACACACAUUCAACAUUUUCAGAGAUCAAUAUUCUUGUUAUCUGGUUGGAACGAUUCCUCGAUCACGAAUUGUUUCCUUGUACGGAAAUUUUAAACGAGUUAGGAAUUAACAAGGAAACGACAAUGGUGGCGAGUCCAAGUGGAAAACCGGUGGAGAAAGAAACAGCGAUGAUCUUUAUUGCACCUCUGCAUAAUGGCUUGUUUCGUAUACAUACGAGAUGUACUAUCAGGUCUCCAAUGGCUGGCCCUUUGGUGGACGGUAUGGUAGUGAGCCAGCGAUCGUUGGGUGCAAUGGUUAGACAUACCGCUGUCAAUAUUGGGCGCAGGCGCCGUUUGGACAUCGACAACUACUGCCCACCGCAUGUCUACAGAAAGCUGAAAAUCCAAGAUAUCAUUCGCAAAUGUCGACGCAAAAUGACCUUCCCCGAAUUUUACGCCUCCCUCUUCGCCGAUUGAGGCAACGCACGUUGAUUUGGUACAAUGAAAAUAGAUUUUUACUUAAAAAUAUCACCUCUUACGAGGAUAGUUUCCGGGAGUUCUGAUGUUGAGGCUGUUAACAACUACUGGUUACGCCAGGACACAGAUGACGUUACCGCAAUUUCAAUUACAGUAGAUAGCUUUAUAUAUUACACGCUGAUAUUCCCCAGUGAUAUUCAACAGUGAUGCUAUAUAGUAAUUUAUUCGCAAACAAUAUAUAUUAUGAAUGAAAACUAUGACCAUGUUAAAAUCAAUAAAACACAGUUAGAUGUUCCAAUAUAUAGAGAUCGUAUGUAUUCAAUCACUUCCAUUCCUUGCAGUGGUGAGAUGAAGAGAACGUCCUGUCAGAUAUGUUGUUUAAAAAUACCAGAAUGUGAAAGUAUAUAUUUAAAAU